AUGGCCCUCGAGCCCUACAGCGUGAGUUGUGCUCACUCGUGGAACCCGGCAACAGGUGACGGUAUCGGUGCCGAAGUCGCCGAAGCAGUCAAGACGAUCUUCAAGGCCGACAAUGUCCCCAUUGAGUGGGAGCAAGUCGACGUGUCGGGCGUCGACUCCGGAGACAAACACUCGGAGGAUCUGUUCAAGGAGUCGAUAGCGUCAUUGAGGCGGAACAAGCUCGGGUUGAAAGGUAUCCUGCACACGCCCAUCGAGCGGUCGGGCCACCAGUCGUUCAACGUGGCGCUGCGGCAAGAACUCGACAUCUACGCCUCGGUGGUUUUGGUCAAGAACAUUCCUGGCUUGGAGACUCGGCACAAGAACGUCGAUCUGUGCAUCGUGCGUGAGAACACCGAGGGCGAGUACUCGGGGCUGGAGCACCAGUCGGUGCAAGGCGUGGUCGAGUCGUUGAAGAUCAUCACGCGGGCCAAGUCGGAGCGAAUCGCCAAAUUUGCCUUUUCGUUUGCCCUGGCCAACAACCGCAAGAAGGUGACGUGCAUCCACAAGGCCAACAUUAUGAAACUGGCGGACGGUCUGUUCCGCAACACGGUCAAGAAGGUUGGGGAGGACUACCCCAGCCUGGAGGUGAAUGACAUGAUUGUCGACAAUGCGUCGAUGCAGGCCGUGUCGCGCCCUCAACAGUUUGAUGUUAUGGUCAUGCCCAAUCUGUACGGGGGUAUUCUCACAAACAUUGCUGCGGCGCUUGUCGGAGGACCUGGAGUGGUUCCGGGUUGCAACAUGGGUCGGGAAGUGGCUGUAUUCGAGCCAGGGUGCCGACACGUUGGUCUCGACAUUCAGGGCAAGGACCAAGCCAACCCCACUGCCCUUCUUCUUUCGGGCACCAUGCUCCUCAGACACCUGGGUCUUGACGACCACGCUAACCGCAUCUCACGAGCGGUGUAUGAUGUGAUUGCGGAUGGCAAGGUACGAACUCGAGACAUGGGCGGCUCGGCUACGACGCAUGAAUUUGUCAGGACGAUUCUGGACAAGAUGGAGGCCGAGCUGUAA